CAAAACUUGGCGUGGCUUGUGAAAACCAGGAACUUGUUAGUUUAACAGCAGAAUCAACAGCAGCGUCCUUUCCUGAAGAGAUAAUCCUGACACAUAAAAGAACUAAUGUAGAUAUGGAUCUACAGUCUAUGGGAGUGGAAGAGACAAUGGGUAAAGGAACCAUUAAGUUCAUGACUUGGAAUGUUAAUGGAUUAAAAGAACGAAGAUAUCAGAAACUGACAGAACUUCAGGAUGCUGAUGUUGUUUUCCUACAAGAGACGCACAUUGGGGAAGGAGAUGAUCAAAUUGUUGAAUGCUUUACAAAUGAGUGGAAUUGUUUUUUCACAAAGCAUAACUCAUCUGAAAGAGGAACGGCUAUACUUGUUAGGAAAACACUAGACUUUGAAUACAUCAGUGUUGAAAAGGAUAGUUGUGGAGGUUAUGUUGUGUUGAAAUGUAAACUGCAAGAUCAGCUUUACACACUGGUUAACAUUUAUAACCACCAAACUGACACUAAAACCCUUGAUAAACUUUCAAGCUACCUGCAGUCGAUGACCACAGGGUUACUGGUGAUCGGUGGAGAUUUCAACACUGUUUUCAAUCCCUUUAUUGACAAGAAAUGCAAAACCAACAAGGUGUUAAAAAACCAAACUCAUAAUAAACUACUUCCCUUUGUGGAAAACUUUAUGAAGUCUCUUCAGCUGGUCGACAUCUGGAGAAGAAAAAACCCUGUGGAGCAGAAUUAUACAUUCUGUAGAGGCGACGCUUCAUCAAGACUGGAUAACUUCUUUAUUAAAUCAAGACUGGAUUACUUCUUUAUUCCAGAAGAAUGUAUGUGGCGUGUUAGAAGUUGUGACAUCAGAGCACCUGAGAGACCGGACCAUCAGCCUUUGUAUUUAGAGAUCAACAAUGUUUUUAUAGACCGUUUAUAUAAAGAUCUCCAAAUAGCAUCACUCUCUCAACUGCUUAGUCAUGAAGAAAGCCUCAGUGAGGUCGACAUCGUCUCCGCUGUAAAUUCUCUUCAAGUGUCAGAUACACCAAGACCAGAUGGCAUUCCAGUUUCCUCCUAUAAAGAGAAAAUUCAAAAUGUAAUUCCAUACAUAAAGGUGCUCUAUUACCGUAUCUUAAAUGGUACAUUUAACCUCUCAGAGACUUACUUUAAUAAAUCCGUGAGAAGUCCACAUGACAACAGUCAACACUUUUUCAACGUUGAAUAUCUCAUCAUUGCAACAAUUCUAGCAAGACGUCUAGAGGACUUCCUGGAGUCACAGUCAAGGGGACGGAUACCAAAAGACUCAAAUACAGUCCUGAUCACUCCCAAAACACUCACGGCACAAACAAUACUGUCUUGUCUCGAGGAAGAGUUGCAGAAGAAUAAAAAAUCAAACCCAAACUUGUCUCAAUACUUCUUUGCUGCUGAAAGCCUUGUUAGAGAAACACAUGACAAUGUGCCACGUCAAGGCUGCCCUUUGACCCCAGUACUCAUAACUUUAGCACUAAAAUGCUACGCCUCAAAGCUCUUAAAGGAUGUAGAAAAGCAUGCAUUGUAUGUUUUCAAACAAAGUGUGAUUGCUUGCAUUCUACCUGAGAACCUGGAUGAAGUACGGGCUACUGUGCAAAACAGUCCUGAUGAAGAAUAUGACAUUUUGAUAUUACCUAGAGAAAAUGGACUGGACCAGGACAGUGAGUUUGAGGUUGAGGAUUGGGAUAAAGCAGAAGAAAACCGCCCGAUAAGAGAAAAAAGUACUGAAGAGAGCCAAGUCUCGUGUUACCACCUUUGGUCACCACCUACAUGCAAAAUGUCAACUAUGUAUGCCGUCGUAACCUUCCUUGAUACAGAUGAAAUGAUGGUAACAGCAUCAAAUUGGUUGAACACAGACAAGACACAAUGUCACUGGCCUCCAUUCAAAUCAUCAGAGAAGUUACUGCAAGCUGUUAGAAACAGAAUUGAGCCUUCAACAGCAGGAAGAGAAUGGGAGAUGUUAAAUAUUCGCUUUCAUUCAGAAUAUGACAAUUAUGAUGAAGCUAAAAAGCAACAAAAGGAGCUUGAAAGAGCCCAGGCAGAUGGUAUUUAUGCCGUCAUUACCCUGAAAGAAUCAGAUGAGCUGACUGUGAUACCAACAAACUGGCUUAAUGAACAAAAGACACAAUGUUACUGGCCUCCAUUCAAGUCACCUAAGAUGUGCACAGAAGCCGUAAAGAACAGACUUGAACCUGCCAGAGGAGAAAACCCAUGGGAGAUGCUAAAUAUUGACUUUCAUGAAGUACACGCCACGUAUGAGAAGGCUAAAGAGAGAGAGGAAGCACUUAGAGGUCAAUCUGAACAACCCUCUACAUCUUUUCAACCUCUUGAAAACCAAAUCUCUCCAAUGUCACUGUCAUGGCCCAGUUUAUCAGGCUUUUCCACCAACACCACAGCCACGAGUUAUGGUAUUAAAAGAAAACGUGAUGAGUCAUCAGAUGACAGAGCUCCGUCACAACUGAUCACAGAUAUGGACAUAAAGAAGAAAGCAGAGCAAAUCAUUGAGAGAGUUAACAUGAAAAUUCAAGCCAUAAAGAGCACAGACCACACAAUGACUACAUUAAAAACCUACAUUGUGGAUGCCAUUUCAAAGAUAAAGAGGAUGGAUAAAAACAUAAGAAAGGAAACUAUAGGAAUAUUUGGAAGAACAGGAGAAGGAAAAAGCUCCUUAUUAAACGCAGUACUGGGAGUAAAUUUAUUACUGCCAGCUGGUGGUUUUGGUGCAUGUACCUCUGUUAUAACUCAGGUGGAAGCAAACCUGAAUGACUCAAACUACAUAGCAGAGAUUGAAUUAAUUUCUGAAGAGGAAUGGGAAAAUGAGGUUGCUUUAUCAGAUGAAAAUGAGGAUGGGGAAAAUCAAAUGACAGAAACUAUUAAAGAUAAAAUCACUGCGCUGUAUGGAGCCGAUGCAAAAGGAAAAACAUCGGAAGAGCUUAAGAGAGAUGACAAAUAUACUCAAAUUGAUCAGGUUUUGUCUACUAGGAAGAAGACAAUCUCAAAUCAAACUCUGUUAAAAUUUAGCCACGAGGUUGCUCAAUACAUAAAAAAUAAUGAAGCAAAACCUGGUGGUUGGUACUGGCCGCUUGUGAAGAGCGUGACGAUCAAGAUCCCAAACCGUCUUGAACUCUUGGAGCACAUUGUCCUUGUUGAUAUCCCUGGGACUGGAGACUCCAACAAGAUCAGAGAUGACCUCUGGAAAUCUAAACUAAAAGAUUGCUCAUCUGUGUGGAUUGUAAGUAACAUCAACCGAGCAGUCUCAGACAAAGACCCAUGGGAAAUAAUAGAGCACUGCAUUCAAGACUUACAAGGAGGAGGAGAGUGCAAGCGUAUAAACUUCAUCUGUACCAAAACUGAUGAUAUUAAUCCAGAUGAAUAUAAUGAAGAUGAUUGGGGUACCAGUGAACAAAUAAUUGGAUCAAAGAAGAAAAAAUGCCUAAUUUUAAGAAACAACUAUGCAAAGGAGAAACUUCAUGGAAAAUUAACUGAAGCUAAAAACAAGGAUUCAAAAAAGAGAUUCAUCACUGAUGUUUUUACUGUAAGUUCUAAGGCAUUCCUUAAUGAAUCAGUUCUGGAAGCAACAGAAACAGAGAUCCCAAAGCUGCAGAAUGUCCUCAGGAGUCUUAACAAAAACAUCAACCAAAGACUGACUAGGGAUUAUGUCAAUGAAGCCAAAGGAGUUUUGUAUUUGAUCCAGCAGGAUGCAAAUAAAAAUAUGACAAGGGCAAAAAUCCACAAUGAUCUGCAGAAGAACCUAGAGAAGGCACUGAAGGAGUUGGAUUGUAGUAUUGACUACAAGAAGCUGGAACAAUGUCUAUUAAAGGGUGAAGAAGAAUCAGUGAGAUUAUGUGUUCAGACUACACGUGACAUGAUAUCAAAAGUUCGACCAAAAGAUAACAGAGGAUUCCAUAAAAUUUAUAAAGCUUUGUGUGUGAAAGGAGGAUGCUACUGGCCAAGAAACUUUGACAAACCUAUAGAUUUAAACAAGUGUUUGACAAAACACAUGUAUGACAACAUUGAUGAGGAGUUUAAUUUGAUUUUUCCAGUUGAGGACACGGACAAGUCGAACAAAUCAAUGAAAGCCCAGCUUGAUAAGUUCACCAUUAUCUAUGAUGUCUCCCAAAUACCACCAUGGCAACAACACAUCAUUAAAACACAGGAAAACAAACUGAAGGCAUCACUCAGCAGAUAUAUUGUUGAGAAAAAGAAGGACAUCUACACAUCAAUCUAUGCAACCAUUUCCAGCAAAAUGGCUCCUGGCUACAAAAAAGCUGCAGAGGUGAAAGGUAAAGGAGCCUUACAGAUGAUGGAGGACAUCAUAUCAGAAACAACCGAGCAGUUAAAACAUCAAAUGUUUAAUGAGGCUAAAGUGAAAGUACUUCAGAUGUUCAAUGACUUGAAGCUGAAUAUAAAGAAAACCCUUGAAUCUGAGCUAAAGAGAUCACUGGAGCUCUCGCUUUCAGCCAAAAUCACCCUGUUGGAUGUCUCCAGAGAGAUUCAAGAGUUGGACACACUGUCACAGCACCUGUCUGUCUGAGAUGCUGAUUUUGUGCUCCUCCAGGAGUAUUCAGUGUUUUUUGUUAUUAUUUCUCAUUUUUGUUCUGCAUGUUUCAGUUUUUUCUUAUUAUGUGUCCAUAUUAAAAAUACUGCUUUCCAUUCUAGCUUAUUCUUAACAUAGCAAUGAUAUGGUUUGUUAUUAUUAUACAGUCGUUUGUUAUUCAGCUUUACUAGUGAAAACCAUGUGUACAGUGUGCAACAUUGUUUUUUAGGAUUUCUUGUUCCAUUUGAGUUGCAGGAUAAAGGCAUACAUUCAUGAUAUAUGCAUAUGAAUGUACAGUUUGUCUGUUGUUUUAUAGACGGUUUCAGCAGUAACAACAUAAACAAAGCGGCUGUCGUGGUCCGCACGUAACUUUCGGUAAACUCCGCUAAGAAUAAAUAACAACAAAGUUCUUUAAAUGUAGUUUAUUUAUAUAACAAGCAAAAAAAAAAAAAAAAACAACGCAUAGAUAUAGGAAACCAAAACAUUUGUUAUUUUCGACGGGGCAUUUGUUCAAGAGAUCAGUUUAGCUACUAGUCAGACUAUUAAAAAAAUGAAACCAGAAGUAAAGUUCGGAUCCAGACGUGUAUCGCGUCAGCGCCUAUGCGUCCGAUGAAACUGUCUAUAAUAUAAUUUUAAAAGCUAUUAAUUUUCAAAUUUCUGGAUGUAGCUUUAGAAAUACUAAAAGAUUAAAAUGUAAAAUAUGAUGAUGUUACACUGCAGCAUGUUGCAGUGUUUCAUCAGCUAAUAGCCAUUUUAUUAGGUGA